AUGGAGCUGAACGUGUUCACCUGUGUCACGACUGUGAUUAUAACAUCGACUGCCUUGGUCGACGUUAUAAAUGCAAACCCAACGUACUACGUAAAACCUAUCGAAGAAGAGAACGACUACGCCCAGGUUUUGGAGCUUUCGCUUUUAUUCUACGAAGCACAACGGUCGGGAAAACUGCCAAAGAACAAUCGGAUUCAAUGGAGAGGGGAUUCGGCACUGGAUGAUCACGGUUUAAAUGGCGAAGAUCUGACUGGUGGCUAUUAUGACGCUGGUGACUUUGUAAAGUUCGGGUUUACAAUGGCUUCGACGACGACGCUUUUAGCUUGGGGCGCGGUUAGUUGGCCAGAGGCAUACGACGCGGCAGGACAACUCGAGAAACUUCGCGAUGCCGUGAAAUGGGCCACGGACUAUUUUAUCAAGUGUCACGUGAGCGAAUACGUGUUUUACGGGCAGGUUGGUGAUUUCUCUCUCGAUCAUACCUUCUGGGGGAGACCGGAAGAACUGAACACUACUAGGCCUGCGUACAAGAUCGAUCCCGAACAUCCUGGGUCCGAUUUGGCAGGAGAAACAGCAGCCGCGCUCGCAGCUUCGAGUAUUGUGUUCCGUGACCACGAACCCGAAUACAGUGCCCGAUGUUUAAAACACGCGAAGGAAUUGUACAGAUUCGCGACCAGAUAUCGAGGACUUUAUCACGAGGCGAUUCGCGGGGCCGCUCAAUAUUACGAGAGCACCGACUACGGCGAUGAACUGGCAUGGGCGGCUGCCUGGCUUUUCAAGGCGACCAACGAUACGAUGUAUCUCGAGGAUUCCGAGCAUCAUUAUCAGCAUUUCCAUCUCAAAGAGAGACCGAAUGAAUUUUUCUACAAUACGAAAGUCGCUGGCGUUCAGGUACUAUUGGCUCAAUUGACGGGGCAGCCGGAAUAUCAGAAUGCGGCUCGUGCUUUUUGCGAUUUCUCGGUGCGCCAACAAAAACGCACGCCGAAGGGCUUGCUCUAUAUCGACAAAUUCGGCACCUUGUGCCACGCCGCAAACGUGGCGUUCGUUUGCCUGGAAGCGGCUGACUCGCCCGGUAUCGGGAAUCCCCAGGAAUAUCGGGAAUUUGCCGAGCAACAAAUUUAUUAUAUGUUGGGCGGUGGCGGAAGGAGUUACGUGAUCGGAUGGGGUCGAAAUCCCCCGAAACAGCCGCAUCACGCGGCCUCGUCAUGCCCCGACAGACCGGCGGCCUGCGGUUGGUCCGAGUUCGACAAAGACGCGCCGAAUCCUCAAAUUUUGUAUGGAGCCUUGGUCUCCGGACCCGACGAAGCCGACAAAUUCCAUGAUCAUCGAGAAGACUACGUGUACACCGAAGUCACGUUGGAUUAUAACGGUGGCUUCACGGGCGCGCUCGCUGGACUCUUGCAAUUACGGAUGAAAAGCAUAACGUAA